AUGGCUGGCCUCUAUAAGUUCCCCCUCAUUCGAGUCGACUGCUUCACUUCUCCUCGACCUGGUACUACUUGGCUCCUUCCCAACCCCAAAGACCCAAGUCUACCGUGGACCCCCGCACCCAACGCCCAGCUCUUCCUCCUGACCCAUGUCCAUUCCGACCACCUCCUUGGUUUGUCCAACAGCUUUGCUGGGAGGAUCCUGUGCUCGCCAGACACCAAGCGAAUGCUUCUGAGUCUGGAGGCCGAGUCCAAUCGCGUUCAUAGCCUGAACGGAAUCCUGGAAGUACCCAAGCGCAAGUACGAUGGGCUUCGUCCUCGGCACCGAGUCGACGGGAAUCGUGAAACACUACCGUACGGUGAAACUCGCGAGUUUGACUUGGGGUACCGGCUCAAUGAGCAAGUCAAAGUCAAGAUCACGCUUUUCGACGCAAACCAUUGCCCAGGCUCAACCAUGUUUCUCCUCCAGUCGCCUGACUUUUCGGUUCUUCAUACAGGGGAUGUCAGGGCGGACUCUCCGUUUGUUGAAAGCCUACGACGAAACCCCACUCUCGAAGAGUACAUUGGAUCUGGUAGACAGGUUGAGCGCCAGGGUCGAUUGCCGAACAAACAACGUUUGGAUCGCAUCUACCUUGACACUAGUGCGCUGCUAGGCACUGGUGACAUGCCGGACAAGGAGGUCGCGCUUCAAGACGUAAUGCAGCAGCUCGACCUGUACCCCAGGGACACCGUUUUCUUCUUUAACAUAUGGUGUUUCGGUUGGGAAGACAUCGUGAAGGAAGUUGCGCGAUAUUUUGGCACGGUUGUUCAUGUCGAUAGGUACAAGCGAUCGAUCUACAAGGCUAUCGCGUCAGACCCUUCGCUCCUCAAAUGCACCACCGAAAGCUGGGAAACGACUCGGUUCCAUGCCUGUGAGCGGCUGGCAAGGUGCCCAAUGUGUCGUUCAGGAACUCCAGCCGGCCAGGCCGGCAACAAACUCAUCGUUCAAGUGGUGUUUGCGGAGAUCAAAACCGUCGCGUGGGAUAUACGACACCAAGAGUUCAUUCAACAGUUGAGCCACGCGGUAACAGACAACGGUCGUUACCCAACAACCAUUGAAGUGCCACUGGCCCGGCACUCUUUACUUCCAGAGCUCCGUCGACUAGUUCAGCUCUUCCGCCCCAUGGCCAUUUCUCCGAACACACUCGUGCCUACAUCAAGAGGCAUGGACUACUACCUCUUUCCCCAACUUUUCGGAGAGAUGCUGUCAAAAGAAGAGCUCGAACGAGCGAAGGGUGAGAGGGACAGCUGGUUUGUGAAGCACAGACACUUUGGAGGCGACUGGCUGGCGAGGCUCAAAUGGCAAGAAGAGCAGAUCGGUUUACUCGCUUUCAUCGGCUCAUUCAAUGUGGAGCACGGCGACGCGCGCCACCCAAGCGGAAGCGCUUCUACCACUCGGACGGACACGCGGGAUGUCAGUUACGUCGACCAAGUCAAUCGCCUCCUCGGUCCACCUGUUAUUAGCGAGGGAGAUCGUCUCAACGAACGCCAUCCCCUUGUCGAUUGA